UUAUAGUUAAGACAUUUGCGUUUAUUGAUCUAAAAUCUUCUUAAGUUUCAAACGUGAAAUUUUACACAUAAGUAUUUUUUUACAAUGAAAUUUUAUUCGUUUAUUUUAAUAUCCAUUGCCAUUUUCGUGUCGCAACCAGAUGAAGGAGUUCAUUGCAAAAGUUAUCAUAUAGAAUAUAAAAAUUAUAUUGAAAGAGUGAUAAGUUACAUUUAUUCACAAAUUAUAUCGUAUCAAAAACAAGAUUCAAAUAAUACUACUGGUAUGGAGGAAACUAUCCAACCUAAAACAAACCCACGUGAUUUCACACAAAAAUAUCAUUAUACAAUAAGUAUACUAAAUUUCAAUUACAUUCAAAUACUGCACGAAUACCGUUAUUACAUGAAAAUAAUCAUUAAUCAAUGUAUUGAAUUUAAAAAAGAAAAUUUAUUGGAAAAUUUUAUUGAUUGUGUAAUGUUUCUUGAAAAACAAGUGAAAAAUUCCAAGACUAUGUUUGAAAAAUUCUAUAAUGCUGUGAAGUUUAUUAGCUACAUAGAUAUAAGAUUUUUGUUUUCUGAAGGAGCCGUGACACAUGCUAUAACUGAUGAAAUGGACUUUAUAUAUCAAUAUCUCUUAGAAAAAAAUAAAGAGGACUCUUCUGAUCUCAAAAGAUUACCAUAUUAUAUCUCUGAAUAUAAGUUUAAGAAUAUUGAAUCCUUUAAUGUAAAUUUAUAUUGGAAAAUAUUCGAUUUUAAUACAAACUUUUUUAAACAAAAUAAAAUCUUGGACAUUUAUAUAAAUAGUGAUGUGGACAAAUUGAAUAUUGCAAAAUUACCUCAGAGAAGAAGAUCUUAUGCUAUACUUUCAAAAAAAAGUGAACUUCUUACUAUAUUUUAUAACGAAAAUAUAGAAAUUUGGUACAACAAUCUAGGCUUUGAGCAAUUUCUCAAUCCCACAGCAGCGGAAUUCAUACCUCCAAUAGAUCCAGAUACAAAUCAAAAUGAUGGAAUAGAAGCUCUUAAUAUUAUUCGUAAACAAUCUGGUUGGGAAAAAAUGAACCACAUUAGUAUAGUUUAUUUUGGUAGAAAAAUUAGUGUAGGUCGUAUUAUAAAUGAUGAAGUUAAUAACAUAAAUUUCCGAAUAAAAAAAGAACAUGUAUCACAAUUAUUAAGAUGCAGAUUUACAGAAAUAAUGAAAAACUAUCGUACAUUAUUAUCUGCUAUGUUAUGUAUAUGCAGUAAAGAUGCAUAUCAUUAUUACCAUAAUUGUUUGAUUGAAUUAUUUAGCUCAUUCGUUAAAUCAAAAAAAAUGCAUGAAGAUUUGUAUGAAGCUUUAGUUACUUUAAAUAAAUCAUCAAUAUGGAGUGUUCAUUUGAGCUCUAAAUCUAGUUUAUAUAACAUUUUUAUUUGGGUUAAAGGAUUUCUCAAUUUAUUGGAGAACAAUGAUUUUUCUCAAAAAAAUUUCAUUAUUUCACCUGAUAAUAAUAAUACCGAUUUGGUUGAACAAUUUCUAAUAAUUUUUAAAAAACAUUUUAAUUCAUUUAGUUCUCAUUUAUCAAGCGAAUUGAGUCACUAUGACUCCCGGUGUUCUAUGUAUUUAAAAUUUAAAGAUGUUUCGGAAUAUGUAGACUAUUUUAGGAAUCCAGAAAAUAUAUCAAUUAAUUUUAAUCCUGAAUUUUCAAACCAAAUUAUGCUUAACGCAUGCAAUUUUUAUGACAGUUUUUGUGAAAAUGUCAGCAAAUUUUGUUAUGAAGAUCUGGGUUUUAAAAAAAUUUUACACUGUAAAAAUAAAAUAUUAGACAGAAAACUUCAUUAAUUUAUCUCUUAUUUACUAAAAUCUCAACUUGCAUAUUGAUCUUUAUCUUAGCGAUUGUUUUACUUCCGGACAUAAAUAUAUGGUUUACAGAAUAUUUUAUUAAUAUACAUUUAAUACUGUAUCAUUUUAUUGAGCAAUAUAAUCUUU